GAAAAGAAAGAUUAGGUGGUUGGGAGGAAAACCAGGGGCGUGUGCAAAGCAACCGCAAUGGCAAAUCGGCGAUGAGCGGAAACGUCAUUGCUGAUUCAGAUAUCUUCUUAUCUUAGAAAAAACGAACGCUAAUUAUAGAUAGAUAUAAGGGAUUCGCCAGCUACCAUUUAAGCCAGAUGCUUGGGUUCCAUCUACUCCGCAGUUCGAUCUCUUCGUCCAAUCUCUUCAGCAACUUUUCAGCUAAGACCCAUUUAUUCUCACUUCUCUCGAUCUCGAGACUGUCCAAUACAAACCCAAGAUUGCAAAUGGAGUGUUACAGUACGUCUUCUGAAACUUCGAGGAUUUUGAUCCGGCAGCUUUUCGAGAAGGAUUCUUCCACGUACACUUACUUGCUCGCCGAUGUCGCUCACCCUGAAAAGCCUGCUCUGUUGAUUGACCCAGUAGACAAAACAGUGGACAGAGACCUUUCUCUUGUUAAAGAGCUAGGGUUGAAGCUGAUUUAUGCUAUAAAUACCCAUUGCCAUGCUGAUCAUGUCACAGGAACUGGACUGAUAAAGGGUAGGGUCCCAGGUGUGAAAUCUAUCAUUUCAAAAGAAAGCAGAGCAAAAGCUGAUCUUUUUGUUGAACAUGGUGACAAAAUAUACUUUGGUGAUCUUUAUCUUGAGGUUCGUGCUACUCCUGGUCAUACAUUAGGCUGUGUUACCUAUGUUACAGGAGAUGGAUCUGGUCACCCUCAACCAAGGAUGGCUUUCACUGGUGAUGCCUUACUCAUACAUGGAUGUGGAAGGACAGAUUUUCAGGGUGGAAGUUCAAGUCAGCUCUACCACUCUAUUCAUUCACAGAUAUUCACUUUGCCCAAUGACACAUUGGUCUAUCCAUGUCAUGAUUACAAAGGAUUCACUGUUAGUACCGUGAGAGAGGAAAAGCAAUACAAUCCUCGUUUAACAAAGGAUGAGGAAACAUUCAAGAAAAUCAUGGAAAAUCUGAACCUACCAUAUCCAAAGUUGAUUGAUAAGGCAGUCCCUGCAAACCUGGUUUGUGGGUUGCAAGAGCCAAUUGGAAAUGCAGCCUAGAUGUUGUUGAGUUAUAUAGCAGGUUAAGCUCUCAUUACUGUAUUGUAAGAGGUAGAUGAGGGUUGUUUGUGAAAAUGAUGAAUAAGUAACUUGUUAUGUUAAGAACAUUGAUGUGGUCCACAUGUAACUAUGCUCUCUGAUAUGGUUUCCUGUGAUUAUUAUUCUUCUUUCCUUGGAUGGUUAUAUGUAAACAACUCGUUUACAUGAAUACAUUAUGCAUGAACAUCCAUCAGUAUAGUAGUA